CAGUUUAUUUGUCGAAUGCAUUCGAGUAGAUUCUGGUAUCGUCGUCUGCUGCGCAAGCCGGCCGGCAAGGCACGAAGACUCGAGAUUAUUCCGCAGCAGACACGCCGCCUCUCCACGCCGGCUCGCGGGUAUAAAUUGAAGGCAGCUCGAGCUGCGUUUCAAAACAGUUUGAAUCGCAACAGAGCAAACAUAUCAAGAGAGAGCGAAGCUCAAGUGAACUGCAUAGCUGUCAAACCAUUACCAGCGCAAUAUCUACAAGACGAAGAUAAUAUUAUUACUCGAAGAAGCAAAGAAGAGUGUCAUUUUCUGAAGAGAAAGAAGCAGGCUCGUAAAAUUUUCGAAAAGAAGAUGUCUCUGAUUCCGUUACUGUUCUCCAACUGGUGGGAAGACUUGAACGAGCCGCACAGCCUCGUCGACCAGCAUUUCGGCGUCGGUCUUAAUCCUGAACAACUCUUGGCUCCGUCGCUUCUCCAUGGUCGCAGAACUCCGGGAUCCAUGUACUACAGACCAUGGGGUGCACUUAUGCAUCAGGGCAACACCGGCUCGUCGGUAGUCAAGGCCGACAAGGAUCAGUUCAAAGUCAUCCUCGACGUGCAGCAGUUCAAGCCUGACGAGAUAAACGUCAAGGUGGUCGACAAGUGCGUCGUCGUCGAGGCGAAGCACGAGGAAAAACGCGACGAGCACGGAUGGGUGUCUCGUCAGUUUGAACGGCGGUACCUGAUCCCCGACCAGUGCAACGUCGACGAGGUCUCCUCGAGCCUCUCAUCCGACGGGAUCCUGACCAUCACGGCACCGAGGAAGGAGCAGCCCAAGGUCGAGGGCGAGAGGAGCAUUAAAAUUCAGCACACCGGGAAGCCGGCCGUGAGGGAUACUCCAAAGGCUGCGACUACGCCGUCAGCCGACGCUGCGGAGAAGCAGAUCGCGAACGACACAAAGUAAUCUAGUUUUUUAAGAUUCUCAAAUUACGUACGAACUGAUUGCUUUUCUCGUGUUUCCUAUACGAAAGAACUGAUUUUUUUGUAACCAACGUUAUAU